UAGAAGGAGCUCUUGGCGCUCGCUUACCUAACCUGAAAACCAAACAUACACAAACAUGGCGUUAACACACGCAGGCAGGAUGCUGUGUCCUCUUCGGUGUUCGCUUUACAUCAUUACCCUAUGGCUUGUAGGGGUUCAUUCGUCGACACUUUAUCUACACAAUGAGGACCGCUACGUAGCACCGCAACAAAGAGGAUAUUUUACAGUAAACGCAAAUCAGGAUUUACCAGACGCAGAUGGAGGGGGCAACGCGGCUCCAGAUCCACGACUGGCCGCUCUUGGUGCUGCUGAAGGCGUAUUGAACCACGGCGCCCUUCUGCCAAGGCGAAGCCGCCGGAGCACUUCUGAAUCUGCCAUGCCGAAGGUGUACGGCCAGGCCAGCUUGAAUGACUCUCAUAACCAGAUGGUUGUCCACUGGGCUGGAGAAAAAAGCAAUGUCAUCGUGGCUUUGGCUCGAGACGGCGCUGGAGCCGAUGGACCCAGAGACAGCGCGGUCUAUGUGUCUUAUGACUAUGGGUCCAGCUUCACUCCUGUCUCUUCGAAAUUCAAGUUGCCUGAGGCUAUGGCCAAGGCUGGCAGCACACAGAUAAUCUCUCAAUUCUACCACAGUCCUGCAGAUAACAAAAGGUACAUUUUCGUUGACACCACCAACAACUACCUGUGGAACACCUAUGACUUCUCCCAAAGUGUGCAAGGUUUCUCAGUCCCAUUCAAACCAACAGACAUAGUGAUCCACAGCACAAUGCCCAAUCUGGUGCUAGGGUAUGACAGCUCUCACCCAAACAAGCAGCUGUGGAAGUCAGACGACUUUGGGGAGACUUGGGUGUUGAUCCAGGAGCAUGUGAAGACCUACUUUUGGGGUGUUGAGCCAUACGACCCGCCCACAACAGUGAUGGUCCAGAGGCAUGAGCCCCAGGGUGUCUCCACAAUUCUUAGUAGUACUGACUUCUUUCAGAGUGAACAGAACCAUACAGUGAUCCUGGAGCAAGUUGACAGCUUCCAGCUCAGGGAAAAAUACAUGUUUGCUACCACAACGAGGAAACUGCUUGGCAGUGCUGAGCCUUCAUCCGUUCAGCUCUGGGUCUCCUAUAACCGCCAGCCAAUGAAAGCUGCCCAAUUUAGAACUCGCCAUCCAAUCACAGAGUACUACAUUGCUGAUGCUUCUGAGGACCAAGUGUUUGUUUGUGUGAACCACGUGAACAAUAUGACACACCUGUACAUCUCAGACACACAGGGUGUUUCCUUCUCUCUGUCUUUGGAGAAUGUUCUAUACUACAGUCCAGAGAGAUCCAAAAGAAACUCACUCAUCAGGUAUUAUACUAAAGAGCCUUUUGCUGACCUGCACCGCGUGGAGGGACUCAGAGGUGUCUUCAUCGCCACAAUCGUCAAUGGGUCUCUCACUGAGACCAACAUGAGUUCGGUCAUCACAUUCGACAAGGGAGGAACGUGGGAGCUGCUUCAUGCACCCACAGCUGACAGUCUCGGAGGGACUGUGGACUGUCAGCUCAGUAAAGGAUGCUCCCUCCAUCUGGCGCAGCGUUGGAGCCAACUAUCAAACUUUCAACAGAGGAGGGUUCCCAUUUUAUCUAAGGAGUCUGCACCAGGACUCAUCAUGGCCACAGGAUCAGUUGGCAACAACUUGGCAAACAAACCGAAUGUGUAUGUGUCAAGCAGCGCGGGAGUCCAGUGGAGGGAGGCAUUAGCAGGUCCUCAUUUCUUCUCAUGGGGAGACCAUGGUGGUAUCCUGAUGGCUAUCCCACAAGGAGGCGCCAUUAACCAACUCAUGUUCAGCACUAAUGAGGGACAGACGUGGACCAAAUUUCAGUUCUCUGAUAAACAAGUAUAUGUUUAUCAGUUACUGACGGAGCCUGGGGAGAAAAGUACAGUCUUCACCAUCUUUGGAUCCUACGCCGGCCAGAGGCAUAGCUGGCUCAUUCUUCAGGUCAACGCUUCUGAUGCAUUAGGUGUUUCAUGUUCUGAGGCAGACUACAAACUUUGGUCCCCAUCAGAUGAACAUGGUAAUGAAUGUCUUCUGGGUCGAGAGAUAACAUUUAAGAGAAGAACACCUCACGCUAGAUGUUUCAACGGCGAAGACUUUGACCGUCCUGUCACCAUGACUAACUGCUCAUGCUCCCGUCAAGACUAUGAAUGUGACUAUGGCUUCAAGCUUAGUGAAGACUUGUCCCUGCAAGUGUGCGUUCCUGACCCCGAGUUUACUGGUGACGUCCAUGCUCCUCCAGUGCCAUGUCCUGUUGGCACCACUUACCGCUCCAGCAAAGGAUAUAGGAAGGUACCAGGAGACACUUGCAGUGGGGGAGAUGUGCAAGCCAGACUAGAUGGAGAGAUGUUACCUUGUCCUGUUGGAGAGAGUAAUGAGUUCAUCCUCUAUGCUGUGAGGACUUCUAUCCAUCGCUAUGACCUGGCCACUGGCACCGACCAGGUCCUCCCACUGCUGGGUCUAAAGGAGGCUGUGGCGCUGGACUUUGACUAUGACAAGAACUGCAUCUACUGGGCUGAUAUCCUGCUAGAUACCAUACAGCGUCUCUGUCUUAAUGGCAGCACCGGUCAAGAGAUUAUAGUGAGGAACAACCUACAGAAUGUUGAGGCUUUAGCCUUUGACUCCAUCAGCAGAUUGCUUUACUGGGUUGAUGCUGGUGCACAGAAAAUUGAGGUUUCCAAUCCUGAUGGGGACCUGCGUCACACCCUCCUGAACUCUUCCAUCCUCGAACAUCCACGAGCUCUUGUUCUUCUGCCUGAAAAGGGUCUCAUGUUCUGGACUGACUGGGGAGACAAAGCAGCAGGCAUUUACCGAAGCGCCAUGGAUGGAACCAGUGUUUCUUCUAUUGUGUCAGAGGGGGUCCGCUGGCCCAAUGGAAUUGCAGCUGAUGAUAACUGGUUGUACUGGACUGAGGCCUUCAGUGACCGAAUUGAGAGGGCUGACUUUAAUGGAGGUCAACGACGCAUUCUGUUUGAAGGGUUGCCCCACCCGUAUGCCAUUGCUGUCUUCAAAAAUGACUUGUAUUGGGAUGACUGGUCCAGAAUGGGUAUCUUCAAAGGUCCAAAAAGGGGUAGUCAUAGUACUGACCAAAUUGUUGGCAGACUUACUGGUGUGAUGGACCUUAAGAUUUUUUAUAAAGGCAAGAACAAAGGUCAUAACUCCUGUGCUGACCAGCCAUGCAGGUUGCUUUGUUUGCCUAAGCCUGGCUCUGGGCACACCUGUAUUUGCCCAGAAGGCACCCCGUCUAUCACCUUGUCUGAUGGACAGCUGCAGUGCAACUGUCCUACAGGAUACCAACUCCAAAACAAUACCUGUGUUAAGAGAGAGAGUACCUGUUCUGCCAACCAGUACCGCUGCUCAAAUGGCCGUUGUAUCAGUAAGAUCUGGAAGUGUGACAGUGACAACGACUGCGGAGAUAUGAGUGAUGAACAGGAGUGUCCGACAACAACUUGUGACCCGAACAAUCAGUUCCGCUGCGUCUCCACCGGUUCUUGCAUUCCUUUGUCUUUCCAAUGUGAUCAUGAAGAUGACUGCGGAGACAACAGUGAUGAAGAGCAUUGUGAGUCUCACGUGUGUGGAAAUGAUGAGUUUACCUGUGCACGGGGUGUUUGCAUCCGUGAGUCCUGGCGUUGCGAUGGAGACAAUGAUUGCAGAGACUGGUCAGACGAGGUUAACUGCACAGGUGGCCACCAUACAUGUGAAUCGAGUAGUUUCCAGUGUCACACCGGCCACUGCAUACCAAAGCGCUGGACGUGUGACGGUGACAAUGACUGCCAGGACGGCUCAGAUGAAGACCCUCAGUACUGUGAUGGACCUAGCUGUAAAGGUUUCCCCUGCUCCAAUGGCACCUGUUUGCCAGUAACUUCCCACUGUAAUGGGAUGAAGGAAUGUCCAGAUGGUGCUGACGAGGACUACUGUGACCCUUUGUGCACUCGUUACAUGGACUUUGUAUGCAAGGACCGAACCCAGUGUCUCUUUCAAUCCAUGGUAUGUGAUGGUGUCAAACACUGUGAAGAUGGGUCUGAUGAGGAUCCAGAUUAUGCCAAAUGUGCCCCUCCAUCUGAGUUUACCAAAGUGUGUGACCAAUACACCUUUGAAUGUGCCAAUGGAGAAUGUGUGAGUCUUGAGUGGAAAUGUGAUGGUAUGGAUGACUGCGGAGACUACUCAGAUGAAGCUAAUUGCGCUGCGCCCACUCAGGGUCCUGGAUGCUCAAGGUAUUUCCAGUUUGAGUGUAAAAAUGGACGCUGCAUCCCAACUUGGUGGAAGUGUGAUGAUGAAGAUGACUGUGGAGACUGGUCUGAUGAAGCAGACUGCACAGGUGAAGGAUCACACACUGUGGCGCCUGGACGGCCGACAUGCGGUCCCAACCGCUUCCACUGUACCACUGGAGCUUGUAUUGUAAACACUUGGGUUUGUGACGGCUAUACUGACUGCCCUGAUGGCAGUGAUGAGCUGGGAUGUCCCACAGUUGAUCCAUCCGUGACAAAUAACCCAAUGUCCACCAGGGACCCCUCGUCCUAUGCUCAUUGCCAGGAGGGUCAGUUUCUGUGUCACCAUGAGCGCCACUGCAUCCCUGGCUGGCAGCGAUGUGAUGGCCAUUUCCAAUGUCGAGAUGCCUCUGAUGAAGCCCAUUGUUCAACCCACAGCCAACCUUCCUGUGUGAACGGAACUCGCUGUGCUGAUGGAGAAAUAUGUGUGUUGAACGAAGAGUGGUGUGACGGCUUUUUGGAUUGUUCCGACCACAGUGAUGAGGACAACUGCACCGCGAAUACACUGGCCUAUAAAGUCCAGAACCUUCAAUGGAAUCCAGACUUCUCUGGCGCCAUCACUCUAACAUGGUCUUAUCCGAAAAAGAUUUCCCUGAACUCCUGCCUCUAUGUUGUCUAUUACAGGGUUAUAGGCACUCAGCCGUGGACCACCAUAGAUACUCACAGUAGCACCACCAGCUACAAACUUAAAGUCCUAAGACCAGACACCACUUAUCAAGUCAAGGUUCUCGCGCAGUGUCUCAAAAAGCUGCACAGUAACAAUGAAAUGAUAACGGUCAGAACACCAGAAGGAUUGCCUGAGCCUCCUACAAACCUAAAGCUGUCUUGUGAUGAAAGUAAGGAUGGGACAGUUGAUGUUUCCUGGAGUCCACCUCACAACGGAAACGGACUCAUUCGAGAAUAUAUUGUUGAAUACAGUGAGCAAAAUCUAGAAACCAAUGAGAAGGUGUGGACAUCACAGAGAAGUACCACAACCAGCACAGAGGUAAAGGGACUGCAGUCAGAAACGAUGUACAUGUUCAGGGUGGCAGCUGUGACCGGCCGAGGUAUGGGAAACUGGACUGCAGUUAAAACCUUAACUCCUGGGGAAGCGCUGCCUUCUCCUUCUGUGAAUGCUGACAUAGUCACUGCAGAUUCCAUGAGCCUUUCAUUCAGCCUCAACUCCAAGAAUGAAGUAAAACAGUACAUCGUGACUCUAUCCUGGCAGUUUGACUCUCACCUGAAGGAGAGCAAGAACUACACAGCCACAAAAAAUAUACUUAAAGUGAACAACCUGACAGCAGGGACAGUGUAUGAGGUGGCUGUGUGGGCUCACACUGCUGUCGGUGACAGUCCUACAGCCUUGUCUCAUCAUCGGACUCGGGGCGUCCAGCCACACAAGCCCAUCUUAAAAGCUUCAGCUCUCAACCAAACUUCUGUGAACUGCAGCUGGACCAUCACCAAUGGGGAAUCUGCAAAGGUGUAUGGUGUGUUUUAUGCCACAUCCUUCCUGGAUUUGUACUAUAAUCCUCAUCUGGUCCACACCAACUUUACCAAUUUGAUGGUUACUGUGGACAGCAAUGAGCAGUAUCUUUUUCUGGUGCGGGCUGUCACUCCCUUCUCCGGUCCUCCAUCUGAGCAUGUUGUGGUCAAAAUGAUUCCCAGUGACCGACUACCACCAAGAAAUCUCCACCGUGUGCAAACAGACAAGACAGAGGUCACACUUAAGUGGCAGCCUCCAUACGAUACACCAAAUAAGUCUCUGACAUAUGCAGUCCAUGUGCAGGAUGUUAUCCGCAAAGUGGAGCGGGACUAUAAAGUAGCAACAAAGAACAACACGGUGGAGUACCAUCUGAAAGGGUUGGAGCCUGGAGGACGCUACAGCAUCACAGUCCGUCUCUUCAACAUGAGCAACGAAGCUAGCUACACUCUGACCACAGUUCCUCUUCCGGCUCCUGACGCCUUGAAGAUACUGAAUGAGAAUGACCACAUAUUACUGUUGUGGAAGAGCAUAGCUGUCAAAGAUAAGACUUUCAAUGAGAGCAGGGGGUAUGAGGUGCAUAUGUAUGACAGUUUGACUAACAAGACUACCUCCCUGGGAAACACAACAGACCCCUACUUCAGCAUCAGCAACCUGCAGUUUGGACACAACUACACAUUCUCUGUCCAGGCCCGCUGUUUGAUAAAUGGCCAACUGUGCGGCGAGCCUGCACUGCUGCGCUAUAACCAUAUUAGAGCAGGAGCGAGUGGGGCGUCCCAAGGUGAUGGUCAUUCUGAGGACACGGCAGCAGUAGUGGUCCCGGUCCUUUUCUUGCUGCUUCUGGGCGUAUGUGGUGGCUUGGUGGUGCUCUACCUCAGACACCGUCGACUGCAGAACAAUUUUACCGCCUUUGCCAACUCCCACUACAACUCACGCUUGGGCUCUGCGGUCUUCUCCUCUGGGGAUGAACUAGUCGAUGAUGAUGACGAAGAUGCGCCCAUGAUUAGCGGCUUCUCAGAUGAUGUUCCCAUGGUCAUUGCGUAGCGCAACCUUCCUUUUACGAAUUUCUCCCUUCCCACUUAAUUAGAAAGAAACAUGAAGAAAUGAGAGAUAGAUAUUUUUCAAAUAUACAAUGCACUUUUUUGAACGCGCAAUAACUUAUUUUUUAUAUAAAAGGUGAAUAUAUGUAUAUGGGGUCAAAAAAGGACUUGAGGCUGUGUUGGACACGGAGGCAUACUGUGAAGAAUAAGCGCGGCGUGGAACGAUGGACCCUUUGCGAGUGGUCCAUCACGUAAAGCCAAAAUAUUUAUCCAGAGACUUAAAUAUAGAAUGCAAAAACAUCCAAACACGUGUAUAAAACCAAAUCCAAAAACGAAUAAUAAAUACAAAAAUGGCAAAUGUUGUUUUAAGCAACGACAUACACCUUUUAGCCCAAUGAAAGACAUCCAUUCAGCUGGAAAUCACACAUCAUCUGCAGGAGUUGAAUUCUUCACCUCUGUGAUUUCCAUUUGGGAACAUUCUGAACGGUACAUGCAUUAAAAGCAGCACACUCGUGACUGCUUAGGUAGAUAGAUGUUUUUUUUUGUUCCACCACCAGCACACUGUUGUAUGUUUGUAAAUUGACGCAACAUGUGCCAAGAUGAUUGGAUAAUUCCAAGCUCCGGGGAUUGAUCAUACCUCGCAUCACGACUACUUGUAAAUAUUGGCUUUUAAUACAUUUAUCUUUGUAUUUCUGCACCACAUUUUGUAAAAUUUAUAUUUUGAUUUUUUUUUUGUUUUUUUUUUUUGUUAAUUGUUCAUCCCCAGCUUUUUGCCAUAAAUGUAGUCAUCAUGUUUGGAGUUCUCAGGGAAUUGCGUUGGGUACCAGCAAAGCACCACCGUCAUCAGCGUCGUGGGUUCAGAUCAUUGGGUGAUAGCUCCUGUUAGGAGUCGCUUCCAAUAUUUAGAUGCAGAUUUUCUUAGGCAACCCAACUCCCCAAAUAAACACUUGCCUAUUCUGGGAUUAUGUAUAUAAUGCAGACUGAUAAUAUUUCUUCCAAAAAUUAGAUUUCUUGUAUAACAUCAUCUGUAAACAAGUUACUGUUUUGUUUGCAUUACAUGAACGAAAUCUAGUCUAGCAUGGGUUUUUAUACUAUCAAACCUUUAAAUGGUUAUUUUUUCACGCUGCAUAAAUCAUACAAACCAGUUAGUUGUCUAUAAAAUUGUUACAUCACCAAACAAUAUUUUAACACUGUUUAUUUACCAGUUGAACCAAAAUUUUGGGCAGUGACUCAUGUUUUGUCUUUCACAAACACAGCUGCUGCUUCGGCAUUUUAGAUCAUAUAGAUAGAGUUCAACCUCAAUUCUUUGCCGAUUGUCCAUUCAAUUUUUGCACUUUUCUACGGCCAAAGAAACGCCAAAUACAGUUUAAUUUAUUGUCAUUAAACAUAACAAUGUUGUGCGGCAUCACAUUCUGUAGAAUGCCGACCAAACUGCUGGUGAUAUGAUAGCUGAGUUCUGGUGGGUCAAAGCAACUGUAGGCAGACUACUUUUAAAUAACAUUUAAAUGAUUUCUUUUUUUAUUUUUUAACUUUUUGACAGGCUCUACUAUUCUGGCAGAGGUGGUCCUUCAAAUCUCAAAUUCGUUAUUGUCCGGACAGGUUAAUCUGAGGUUCAUUGUUCCAUAAAUCUGGAGAAAAAAAAACUCCCCCAAACAUACACUGUAUAAAAAUAAUACACAGUGCUAAGACUAAAUGGAAAUAAAUCCAAUUUAAACAGUAAGUCAUUAUUUACAUGUACACAUUUAUUUGUACACGUGACAACAAUUGGCUUUUAUUUUGUUUUAAAGAAAUGAGUAACUGUUUACUUUAUUAAUGCAAAUGCCGUAUGAAUACCUAACUAAAAAACGUAAGACAGCGGGUCAGUAAAACACAGUGUUUCUCACUGUGACAAAAUGAGCGUACCCCAUUAUUAAAAACAAAAAACUAACAUAGCAUAAUGUAGAUCAAGUAAGUGAUAAUUUGCUAAAAAUGUAAAGAACCGCGCGUAUGGAUGGUUUUUGUUGCACGGCCAUUAAUGUGUCAGUGUUGAAAUAUGAAGUCACCAAUGUCGCGACUUCCUUGCCCGGUCUGACUGUAUGGUAGUCUUUCAACUGCAAUGUUGUAUGUAGCCUCUGGGCUCGAGCCGUUGGGUCUUCUGCUUGAUUAUGAAUUUUUUUGUUUGUUUUUUUGGUUGGUUGUAUUUUUUUUGUUUUUUGUUUUUUUUUUUUGGUUCCUGUUGAAAAGUCCUCAUGAAUGUAUUUUCUACUCAUGUCCUUCUUCCACCGAUGACUUUUAUGUUCAUUUUGAUUCAUUCUUAUCGCAGGUUUUUAAGUAACUAUUCCAGUAUGGAAAUGCCUCUACAACCCACUUUCUCUUUUAACAAUUCAUAGAGCCCAAUUGUCAGGCCUACAAAAAUCAUCACGGUCUUGGCUAGCACUUUUUUUUCCCCUUUUGGUUUUAAUUCCUGAACUAUUCAUGUUGUCUUUGCCUUAACUUUUUUUGUUGUUGUUUUUUUGGGGGGGAGGCAAUUAUUUUGUGUUUAAUCUCUGGAAUCACUUUACUGUAUGUUUUGUUUUGGUUUGCAUUUGACCACAUAAUGCCUUUUAAGACACAUCAGAUGUCUAUAUAUUAACGUAGGGUAGAAAUGUUUCACAUAUGCAUACAUGAACAUUCAUUCACACCGUGAAAGAUGACGCUAUUAACAGGGCUUUUUGUUUUUCCAGUUUUGUCAAAUCACUGCUUCUUUCUUCUACCAGGGACACUUUUUAGCAUUUUUAAACCUCAUGUGCAAAGUCUAAUUGUCUUUGGCCAUUUGCACCCCACUUGUCUUUGUCGAAUCUUGUCAAAAAGUUUGCUUCAAAAUGUUUGGCACGGACAACUGGCAGUUUCUUUGAUGAUAUUAAUGUCUUAUUUGCUUAUCUUGGAGGUUGCAAGAAAAAAAAUGUUUAAGAAACAGUGUGAGGUGUUUUAAAAACCACUUUUGAAAUAAAGGUGUUUAAAAUUC